AUGGACAGCGAAGACUUGUCAUUUGCCUUUUUCUUCAACAACUGCGUCAUCAACCAUAAUGUCUAUCACAAUUGUGUAUACGAGUCCGACAACAAACAUCUUAUUGCCGGCAUCAAGGCUUUUGGCAUUGCCAACUUGUCCAAGCACUACUCUGACAAACGCCUGCUUGUUUCAGCUCAGCAUCAAUAUGCUACCGCUCUAAACCUGACAAAUCUCGCUCUUCGAGAUCCAUCGCAGGUCAAACGGGAUGAGACUUUGCUUACAAUCCUCGUCCUCACAAACUACGAGACCCUCACAGGCGGUGUUACACGUACUCUGGACGCAUGGGAGCAGCAUGUCAAUGGCGCAUCGUCCCUUCUUAGCCUUCGCGGACUCGACGGCGUACAAGGAAACGCAGGUCGGGUACUCACGCUGCAUGUCAUUACCAGUAUCAACGUGAUAUGUCUUCUCCGAUGUCUAUCUACUCCGCCGUUCAUACACCUUCUCCAGGCCAAGGUCUUCGAAUAUCUUUACGAGCCGGACAACCCUGCGAUAAGAUAUCAACGGAUCAAUCUUGAGUGCGCAGAUUUCAGGCACGCUGUUACUCAUUGUCAAAUCACAUCACCAAAUGAGAUCAUAUCUCGUGCAGCUGAAUUGGACGCAAAACUUACUGGAGCGUUUGCCAAUGUGCCAAAAAGCUGGGAAGGUGGAUUUAUCGCACUCUUUUCUCCUAGACAAUCUGUCGAGGCUGGCUUACCUAGCUUCGAGCUACGAUAUACGGAUCAAGCAACGAAUUACAUAUGGGCAUCGUUCCGUUCCAGUCGAAUCAUGGUUGCCGAGAUCGUGCUUCAAUCGGUAGCGAACGACUCGGAUGCGCAUCGAGCAGCACACUUCCGUUCACAGACGAUCAUGCGACAAUGUCAGACCGAGAUACUUGCUGGGAUGGCGCAGUACAUGUCUAAGAACGACGAAAUGUUGCCGUGGUCAGGCUUCAAGCGUCCUGUUCGUUACUUCGUACCCGAGGCUGUUUCCAGCGACCUCCCAAUCAUGCGCGCUCUUUCUGGUUAUGGUGUGCUGUGGCCCUUGUUCGUCGCUGGUUCAUGUUCCACGGCCACUAAUGAGAUCAAAACUUACGUGGCAGAGGUGUAUCGAUACUUUGGAGAGCAGCUAAAGAUUGAGCAAGCCCUGGUUCUACGCAAGAUGAUCUGGGCACUGAUGAGGGUUUCUGCUUCGCCGAAUUCUCGCAAUGUCAGUGCACUCUAA